UCAAUCGCUGGGGAUCAAGUGGCUUUAAGCCACUUUUACCUGUGUCAAAUGCCUUUAAGCGACUAGACGAGGAGAAAUGGCAUCUCAAGGAAAAAUGCAAGAGCUUGAUGUGGACAGUAUACUUCCACUUGUUGGAGAAUUUUCUCGCUUUCAAUAUGUUCUAGAAGCCUUGCUAUGCAUUUCCAUUAUACCCCAAGCACUUCAAGAAUUCAUGAUGUAUUUUGCUGCGCACAACUCGCCGUGGCGUUGCACAUACAAUAGCACGGUUUGCACUUUUCCGCAGAAUAUGACAUUCAGCUUGGGUGAUUCACUGUAUGAAGAAAGAUGCAAAUUGGAGAGAAAAGAAUGGGAAUUUGUCUAUUCAAAAGAUUACUCAAUCAUGACUCAGUUUGACCUCUACUGCGACAAAGAAAUCUACGGGUAUUUGACAACGUCGUUAUUUUUCAUUGGGUGGGCAGUCGGUGCUGUUGCUCUUGGCAUCGUAGCUGACAGGUUUGGUCGUCGGAAGGUCCUGUUUCCAUCUUUGGCUGUGAUAAUCAUUGUUGGAUUUCUCAGCACAUUUUCACCUAAUUUCUGGGUCUUCCUCACUACCAGAAUCAUUGUUGGUUUCUUCACACCAGGCACGGGCGUUCAAAUGUUCGUCAUUGCUUCAGAGUUUGUUGGUACAAAAUACAGACCGCUUAGUGGAAUCAUUUUGUGGUCGUUUUAUGCUGUGUCGCUGAUUAUUCUCGGAGUACAGGCCUAUUUUAUUCGCGAAUGGAAAAAGCUCUACAUUAUAUCCACUGUCCCAUAUAUCUUUGUACUUGCUUUCGCCAAGUUCGUUCCAGAGUCAAUAAGAUGGUUAAACCUUAAUGGCCGCCAAGAGGAAGCAAUGAAACUACUGCGAAGAAUUGCAAAGUUCAAUAAGAAACAGCUGCCAGAAAAUGUAACACUUAAAGCUCCAUGUACUGGUCCAAAAGUCAAAACAAAUCCCAUUGAUCUCUUUGUUCCAACCAAAAUGGCUUUGCAGAGUCUAGUACAAAGCUAUGCCUGGAUGGUAAAUGGACUUGUCUAUUAUGGAGUUACGCUUGCCUCGGAUGCCCUUAGUGGAGCUAUGUACCAAGAUUUCAUCCUUACAUCAUUGGUGGAAUUUCCUGCCAUUGUCUUCGCCAUAUACUUUUGCAACGCUUUUGGCAGAAAAAAGACAGUCAUUAUCUCGUUAGCUACCGCCAGCAUUGCCUGUCUUCUCAUUCCAGCUAUACCCGUUGAUCAAGGCAAAGGCUUAUCCAUAUUGCGGAUUCUUGUUGGAAUGAUUGGUAAAUGUGGCGUUGCUACAUCUUUUGACAGUAUAUAUACCUGGGCAGUUGAAAUUUACCCGACAGUCAUCAGAUCACAGGGGCUUGGACUUUUGCAAAUAGCAAGUCGAAUUGGAUCCGCAGGGGCACCAUGGAUUGCUUCCGGACUGAGGCCGGUACACGCCUCGUUGCCCUUCAUUGUCAUGGGAGGAAGCAGUUUGAUUGCCGUUGCUAUGUUGUUUUAUUUGCCAGAGACCAAAGGGAUGAAAACUGCCGAAACGUUCUGGGACAAAGAAGAUGAAAGCAAGGUACUCAUAGACCCCGUUUACACAUAGACCUGGACCAGAUCAGAUUCACAAGUACCAGUAUACUUUAGGAUCCUAUUCCUGAAAUGGCAAUGCAUUUACAUGGGAUCCGAUCCAGAACCAUUUGCGUUUACACGGGAACGGAUCCAGAUGAAUUCAACAGGUUACGCACAUGCGCUUUUCGAAAAUUGGCGCGCAUAUGACGUUUUCACGUCUUGAUGCGUGAUCAAAACACAGUUCAACCUGAACAUGGAGGUAGGGAAUGCUAAAAAGGGUAAAUUUUCUUGGACUGAAGAAGAAACUGCGCUUUGUUUAAAAGUAGUAUUGGAUUACAAAAUUGCAAAGUUUGCAGGUGAACAAAUUGGUAAAAUAUGAAACGAAGAAAGAUGACAUAUCGUCAAAGUUUCCUAAUAAUUCUACAACACAGUAGUCUGUGAACUUGUUGUUCGGUUUUCUUGGCGCCAAAAAGCCACGGAUUAUAUAUUCAAACUACCUUGAAUUGAAAAAUAUUCUGUCUUACUUUCGACAAAUAACGUAGACGGAUUCGAUCUGGACCAGAUUCACCUAUUUACACAGGAUCCGGUCAAGAUCGGAUCCAUACGGUAUCACCUCUGAAAGCGAUUCCAAAAGUGUUCGUAUAGCGGAUCCAAAAGUAUACGGCUCAACCAGUUCCCGUGUAAACGCAAAGCCUUCUAGUACUCUUUUGGAUCUGAUCCAGAUCGGAUCCACUCUCGUGUUUACGGGGUCUUACUUGAUUUCCAAAAAGAAGCGGACGGUUUUAAUGCCAAGGUUAACAUGACCUACAACAAUGGUGAUGAGGUUUCGAGAAUCUUUAGCAGCUGCCAAAGUUUGCAUGAAUUUGGAAUUGCUUGUUAGACUAUAUUCCCCUAUAUUUCGUUGUCUUGUAUGUUUUGUUAUUCUAUAAUGGAUCUUUCUGUGAGUAAGC